ACUAAAUUAAAUUAUUUUAGAUGCUUCAUGAUACAAUUUUUUCGCUCACCAAGGACCUCAAAAUUCUUAUCCGAACUCGAUCAACUCAAUUCCUCGUAAAAUUUUGUGAUUAAACCUACCAAUAUUCGGUUCCGAUGCAUGGCUCACUCGAGGAACAGUAUCUCUACCGUCGCGGAAUGACUACCCUAUGAAACUUAUUCAGUAAUCCAAUGUGCUUAUACGAAAAUGUUCGCCAGUGUAUCGUAAUACUGGCAGUGAAAGUAAAAACUCGAUCGCGCGCUUAACGGCGCGCGAGAGUUUAAAAAGUUACAUUGGAUACUGUCCGUGAAUGACAAUCGGUUAUUCACCGAAUCGAUACUUGAUGCGAAUCACGAAUUUCCUAUGGGGUACGGGAGAGGAGGGCAUAAAAGCCGGACGGAAUCCGAAUGGAGCCAGUCGUUCAUUAUUUUCCGGUAGGUGCUUCCGCAAUGAGCGCAAUUUCAGCAAGUCAUGCACGUUAAUAAAGUACUUUUAACGAUCAUCCUUUGCGCGACAAACGCAUGGUGCGGCGAUCGAACGUUGACACGGAAUGCCAAGACAUUUGAUUUGUCGUCGUUUGCGUGGCCGCAAGCAUUGUUCAGCAAUCGGCCCGAUGUUUCAAUUUUCCCAAACGUCUGGCCCAGUCGACCGCAGCUCCAGGAAUGGGCCCAGAACGGUAUCGCGGGUCUGUUACGUCUCGUGUCCGUAAGUACCGGAAAGGAACCGAUGAGCAUCGAGUUCAGACCCGAGGAUGGACCACGUGCCGCGGGAACGUAUCAACGGCGCUUUGGAUAUCGCGGAGAAUGGCUCAUUGAACAGUUGGGAAACGGUCUUGGUCCUGAUAUUCGACUGAACUGGCAACCUGUGCCUAAUACAUUUUUGAUGCCACCUCUAGCUCCCUUUAGAAGUGGUAAUAACUUGAUCCGCAACAGCGCGAAUGCACUCGAAUACAAUCGAUAGAACUAUAAACUAUGUUAGCUUAAG